GCAAGCUACAGAGAAUAUGUGACACACUGUUUCAUUCUUAUACACAACUCUAGUAAUAUUUAUACAAAUAUAUCUAUCUCUUGUUAAUCCAAUGGAGGCUGGAAGGCAUUUUCUUUCUUCAUCUUCAGCAUUUCCAUCAACAACCCAACUCAGGCAUCCUCUUCCUCCUUCUUCUCCUUCUACUUCAGUCUUGAUGCUUCAUGAGCAAGCAGCUCCUGCAGUUACUUCUGUGCCGACUUCAUUUAUAACUCGACAUUUUCCUACUUCAGUUCUUUUACAAGAGCAGCGCGAUGAGUUCAAGCCUCUAUUGCAUAUAUUUAAGGAGGAGAAAGCAUCUCAGGCUACAUUAGACCGCAUACAGAUAGAGAAUACCACUGCUGAGGAAGAUUUCAACAUUGAUGACUUUUACAAGUUGGUCAAAGACUUUCGCCAGUUGCAUGUUACACCCUCACAAAUAGGUGAAAAUUCACCCACCGGUUCGGCUCUCGAAUCUAAUACCACUGCUAAUGUGCAUAUGGAUGUCGAGCCCUCUGAUGUAUUGACCCUAGCUAAACAUGCUUUGUCAGCCUCAUUAGAAGCGGCCUCUUUAGCUGAAACCUCCAAAUCGAUCAGUGCUGGUCUGAAUGAAUCUACUUCUCUGGGUUUGGGGUGGGAGGAGGAAACUGUAAGGUCAACCCAACUUCUAGAGAGGCGGCGCAAGCGACUCAAGAAAAGGAAUUUGCUCAACUCAAAAGUUCCUAAUUAUGAGAAUAGCAGUUCUAACAGUUCAGAUUUAAGGAGAAAAUAUAGGGAAGGAUUAAAUCCUAAUGAUCCCCUGCGAUUAUUCUUGUGGGGUCCUGAAACAAGACAACUUUUGACACUUAAAGAAGAGACUGAGUUGAUUGCCCGGGUUCAGGAUGUAUUCAAGUUAGAAGCAGUGAAGAGUAGACUUCAAUCUCAAUUUGGCCGUGAACCGACUUUAAUUGAAUGGGCUGAAGCUGUUGGUAUUAGUUGUCAGAUGUUGCAAUCACAGCUUCGCUGUGGUACCAGCAGCCGUGAAAAGUUGAUCUAUUCUAACUUACGUAUGGUGGUGCACAUUGCUAAACAGUAUCAAGGUCGAGGUCUUGGCCUUCAGGAUUUACUGCAGGAGGGAAGUAUGGGUCUUAUGAAAAGUGUUGAGAAAUUCAAACCCCAAGCUGGUUGCCGAUUUGCUACUUAUGCAUAUUGGUGGGUGAGACAAACGAUUAGGAAGGCCAUCUUUCAACAUUCCAGGACUAUCCGCUUGCCGGAGAAUGUAUACACCCUCCUUGGCAAGGUAUUGGAGGCGAAGAAAUCAUAUAUUCAGGAAGGAAAUCAAAACCCAAGCAGAGAAGAAUUAGCAAGACGAGUUGGAAUGUCGGUUGAAAAAUUGGGAAAAUUGCUAUAUUGUACAAGAAUGCCAGUUUCAAUGCAACAAACUGUGUGGGCAGACCAAGAUACUACUUUUCAGGAGGUAACUGCUGACACUGGGAUUGAGAUCCCAGAUCUGAGUGUGGCAAAGCAGCUGAUGAGGCAACAUGUACGCAACCUCCUACAUACUCUUGAAAAAAGAGAGAGACAGAUAAUUAGGCUAAGAUAUGGUAUUGAAGAUGGCAAGCAGAGAUCACUAACAGAGAUUGGUGAGAUUUUUGGAUUAUCUAAGGAACGGGUACGGCAACUGGAGAGCCGAGCAUUCCUGAAGCUCAAGGAAUCACUUGGCAGCCAAGGGCUUGGGGCUUAUGCUCCUUUGCUUGUCUAAUAAGCUCAUUUGGCUACAGAAUCUACUCCGUCAGUUCAGAUUUCUGGUAUCUUUUAAGGAAAUCUGGAGUUCAGCUAUUGAGCUCUCCAGUUUUUUUGAGGUGAAUGUACAGCAAGCCAUGGCUUAGAAUAUGGAGUGCGCCCGACAUGUUAGGUUCAGGUGUCAAAAAUGUGUGUUAGCUCAGGCUAAAUCUUAUGCUUCCACACUGUGAUGACGGCUCUCUGGAGAAGAGCUUAAACUACUGUAAGUCAUUGUAUAUUUCUCACAUUCAU